AUGACGACGGAGCCGGAGAACAAAAAUCUGCACUGCGGGCACGCUGUUGCUCAAUUGGCAACCCUAACUCUCGAGUCCAUCACUGACCUCUACGGAGAAUUGCCCGCCGCCGCCUCGGCCUGGGCACCGGCCUCGUUCGAACCGGCCGUGGUGCGCAGAGGGCCGCGGAGCGUCCCGGCGGCGUUCGUGCCCGUCGCCGACUUGUCCGUGGCGCGGACCUUGAACAGGGUCAAGGAGCAGGCCAAGACAGCGUUCAUCCCGUACAUCACCGUCGGCGACCCCGACCUGGCUACCACGGCGGAGGCGCUCAGGCUCCUGGACGCUUGUGGCGCGGAUGUCAUUGAGCUAGGCAUCCCUUUCUCGGACUCCUACGCCGACGGGCCGGUCAUCCAGGCCUCUGCAGCACGAACGCGGGCGUCCGGCACAACGAUCGACGGCAUAUUAUCCAUGCUGAAGGAGGUGACGCCGGAGCUUUCCUGCCCGGUGGUGAUCGUCUCGUACCUAGGCCCCAUCGUGCGGCGGGGCGCGGCCAACUUCAUCGCCGCUGUCAAACAGGCCGGCGUGCAAGGUCUUAUAGUGUGCAAUCUUCCUUAUACUGAGACAUGUCCAUUCAGAAAUGAAGCCAUCAAGAACAACCUAGAGUUUGUGCUACUUACAACACCAGCCACACCAGCAGAGAGGAUGAAGAAAAUCGCUAGUGCUUCAGAAGGCUUUGUUUACCUUGUAAGUGUCAACGGAGUUACAGGUCCACGAGCAACUGUGAACCUGUGUGUCAAAGAUCUUCUUAAGGAGGUUAAGCAGGUCACUGACAAAGCAGUGGUUGUUGGCUUUGGUAUAUCGACACCUGAUCAUGUUAGACAGAUUGCUGAGUGGGGUGCUGAUUGGGUAAUCGUUGGUAGUGCAAUGGUGAAACAAUUGGGUGAAGCGGCUUCUCCGAGAGAAGGGUUGAAGAGGCUAGAUGACUUUGCGAGGAGCCUCAAGGAUGCACUACAGUGA